AUUUCAUUGGAAGUCGAACUCUGAAUUAAGACGCAUCGCUACCAAAUUUGACAAAUUUUUCUUUUCAUUUGAUUUAUUUUCCCUUCUCAAUUUUUUGCUUUUUUUGUCAUUUUCUCUAAACAAUAAUGGAUGGGGAUUUGAAUUUGUUCGAUGGCGGCGAGUUUGUUAUGGCCGAGUUUGAAUGCGAUGCCGAAUUGCUCGUGGAUCGCAGCUGUGAACUGGAACAAGGCGCCACUGUUCUGGUGGCCAAUGAGAGCGAUGGCGUUUUUAACUAUGAGGAUCUCAGUCAGUUUUUUGGCAUCACGAAUGGGAUACAGAUGGAAACAGAGGAUGCCGUUGAGCGUACACUGGCGGAUCCGGAUUUGAAGCAAAUACUACAGGAAGCCGAUGAUAAGGUUGACUUUGAUCCGGAAGCGGAGCGGGAAAAGUUGCGUGAUUUCCUUCAAGUGCCGACUGCUACGUUGAAGCAACCGGUGAGCAUCAUCAAGUGUUCCAAUUGCAAUGGUCUCUUCCAUUCUGUUGCCUUUCAAGAACAUCGCUGUGAAGUCAACGCAAAGCCAGCAAUUGCAGCUGCUACUCCAAAGCAACCACCAGUUGCCAACAUAGAGAAACCUGUGCAGCCCAAGAAACUGCCCAGUGAACGCAUUCUCAUCGAGAAUCAGGUCCGCAUACGUCGGUAUGUCAAAGAAGAGCUCAAAUACGAUCUGGAGACGGGCGUCGACAGUUCCAAGGUGAAGAAGUCCGCCUCUAAAGGUCCCAACGAGUGCAACAUAUGUGAUCGUAAGUUUGUACACGCUUCCGGUUUGGUGCGUCACAUGGAGAAGCAUGCUCUGGAUUUGAUACCCACACAGUCAAAUGUACCUCACUCGGCACUCUCUGCGUUGGGACUGCUCGUUGUUCUCGAGUGUAAUAAAUGCGGUCGCGUCUUCUACGAUGUCAAAAUAGCACUCGAACACAUUUCCGUGCAUUAUCCAUUGCUGCCGAAAGCAAAGAAGUCCACAACAGUGCAAGAAACUGAAGCGGAUUUGAAGCGUCAACUGAGUGCGCUGUCCGUUGAGGGAAAUCAGCUGCUUGCGGUCAGCAUGCAGCUGGAUAAGCUUCAACGCUAUGAGCAUGAAUUGUUCUCCUCGCUCAUUUUGAGUCAUGUGCUUCAAUGCGAGUUUUGUGAUUACAUCUUUGCGGAUGUCAAAUUAAUGCUAAAGCAUGAGGCAACUCAUUUGCCUGAACGUCGUUUCGAGUGUUUCGCUUGUAGCCUGGUGAUGACCACCGCCAAGGAGGCCAGUGUGCAUUAUCAAACUGAUUGUGUUUAUAUGAGGGAAGGUCUUAAGCAGUUGCAGAUGUGUCCCAAUCGCUAUUUUGUCUGCAAUGUGUGCGAACUCAAGUUUGCCAAUGUGGAGUUGCUCCAAGAACAUCGUUACAGUGCCUAUCACUAUUAUCCGCGUCUCAGUGAGUCCGGGAAGCGUAUGAUUCUGCCCUGUGAUUUUUGUGCCAGCAACUUUGAGUAUGCCCAUGAAAUACAGCCGCAUUACGAAGAGAAGCAUCUAAAUAAAAAGAAGCGUGAGAAGGAGUUGCGCAAUAAUAGUGGAAAUGCUGGCGGCAAUGCUGCAGUUGGUCGCUUACGGCAAUAUCUUUGCGAUAUUUGUGGCAAAUCCUAUACACAAUCGAGCCACUUGUGGCAGCACUUGCGUUUCCAUCAGGGUGUCAAGCCCUUCGUUUGCGAUGAGCCGGGAUGUGGGCGUAAGUUUACCAUACGUCCGGAUCUCAAUGAUCAUACCCGCAAAUGUCACACGGGCGAAAGGCCGUAUCAUUGUUUGGUGUGUGGGAAGCGUUUCCUCACAGGCUCCGUAUUCUAUCAGCAUCGUCUCAUCCAUCGUGGUGAGCGUCGUUAUGAGUGUGACGAAUGUGGAAAGCGUUUCUAUCGUGCGGAUGCCUUGAAAAAUCAUCAACGUAUACACACCGGCGAGAAGCCAUAUGAUUGUCAAUACUGCACCAAAACGUUUCGGCAGCGUGGCGAUCGGGACAAACAUGUGCGAGCGCGUCAUUCGCAUUUGGAUGAGAAUGCCAGGUUGAUGAUGCGAAUGCAAAAACUUGAGCUGGAAACUGCGGCUGCACUCAAGGCUAAGCAAAUGCAGGAGGGCAGCAGGGAUGGUGAAUUUCUCACGGAUGGCAGCACGUUGACAUCUGGGAUGUUGGCGGAUCAACAGUACGACAUGGUUGAACUAGAUCCGAAUGAUUUCUGUGAUGCAGCUGAAUUCGAGCAAGUGGAAAUUGCGACUGAUAAUACGGACUAUGAGGUGAUAUCGUAUGAGCCUGAGACAAUGGAGACGGUUGAGGUGCCACAGUUUGCGAAGAAAAACGCUAGAGUUGUUGUGGUUGAAAAUAACGCUGCCCAACCGUUUUAUUUCUAAUUAGUUUAUGUAUCAUUGUAUCUACCGCCAAUAAGACGGUUUCAAAUAUAUACGUGCAGUGUGGCCAGCGCUGCUAAUAA